AUGCCUCUACAGAUGGACUUCAGCCAUCUGUGUUUGGGUUUUUAGGAAGAGAAGACAAAAUGGUGGUUUUAUAUCUUUCAUUCUGAAUGAAAAACGUGUUUACCCCAAUUUCAGGAGGUUUUCAUGUUACUUUUGAAAGGUCAUAUGGUCCCUAAUGUGCUGAGUAGGUUUUAUAACUACACAGCCAGUGACACCCAUUAAAACCCUGUUGUAUAAUUUCUAUGUCACUUUGAGGUUUUAGGGACGUUCACAUCAGGUGAACAUGUUCAGCUCUCAGGAGAAAGAUGAUGUAUUGAUCGCCUUUCUCAUCAGAUCACACUAAUGAUGGCAUGUUGAUCCCCUAAUCUAUUUCAGCAUCUGCAUUUCUGCUAAGUUUUACGUUCUAGUUCAUUCUCUGUGUGUGUCUUUGUGUGUUGAUAGGGUGUAAUCGGUGUGUGUUUAAGUUACCACUGUGUCCCAGUGAUUUGAUCUGAGAGCUUCGUUUUAUUUCUGUAAUCCUGUGAACCGCCCAUCUCUAUCCUUUCCUCCAUCACUCCAUCCAGGGGAUUUGACUGCCAUUAAGAGAUGGCUUUUUUGGUGUGUAUGUGUGUCUUUGUGUUUGUGUGUAUGAUGGAACAUGAACACACACACAGUAAAGGGGGGGAGGGUGAAGUGUAAAAACCAACUGCAUACACUUUUGCUGCAGACCUCUGUCAGACAGAAGCAUCUUGUAAGCCUGCUCAGUUAUGCCACGGAAGGUGUGCUGUGCAGACUGCUGGGAGAUAGACAGGAUGGACACAUGCACAAACACCAGCAUUUGGACAGUGACCUUUAAUACACAUGGAUGCAACUGUCUGGAAAGAUCUACAGACCUCUGUUAAUCCUGGCAUGCCCCAGACGAGAGACUACAGUAAUGACUGUCAUCACUUUCACUGUCUCUGUGCUGUGCCUGCUGCCCCAGGCGGUGGUGGCCCGCUGGGCAUGUGUUCGGGCCUGUCCAGCAUCCUGCUCCUGCACACAGGAGAAGAGUUGCAGCGUGCUGUGUGAUCGCUCUGGCCUGGUUGAGCUGCCCAAAGAGUUUCCCUGUGAGGCCUCUGCCAUCAACCUGGAAAAGAACAGACUCAAGUUCCUGGCAGAGAGGGCCUUUGGUACCCUGCCCUCCCUCAGGUCUCUCUCUCUGGACCACAACAACAUCUCCUUUAUUACCCCUGGGGCCUUCAAGGGCCUCUCUAACUUAGUGAACCUGAAAAUGGCACACAACGAGUACAUCAGUUAUCUUCAUACACGAACAUUCACAGGCCUGAAGAAACUGAUGCGCCUUGACUUGUCAGACUGUAACCUCUUCAACAUCCCUGACCGCAUCUUCAUAGAGCAAACAGCGCUGAAGGAGCUGUUGUGCUUUCAAAACAACUUCAGGAGGAUCCCUGGAGCCAUCAGAGGCAUGGAGAAUCUGACUCACAUCUACCUGGAGAGGAACAAGAUAGAGGCAGUUGCAUACAACUCCUUGCUGGGCCUGAGUAACCUCAAGUACCUGAACCUCCAGGAGAACCGCAUCAACGUGAUCCAUGACCAGGCUUUCCAGGACCUUGUGCAGUUGGAGAACUUCUACCUGAAUGACAACUUGCUGUCUGAUCUGCCACGGCUUGCUUUUAAAGGCCUUAGCCGCCUCAAGAUGCUCAACCUUGGGGGUAACCAGUUGACUAAUGUGUCCAAGACCUGGUUCAGUGACUUGGUGGAGCUGGAGGUCCUGUACCUGGACAGAAACCAGGUGCUAUACAUCGAGGAAGGAACUUUUGAGAAUCUAACCAGCCUAAUCACACUCCACUUGAACAGCAACAACCUCACCAACCUUCCCUUCCCUGUUUUCCAGCCCAUCUAUUUCCUGGGUCGCCUCUACCUCUUCAGAAAUCCCUGGGAGUGUGACUGCUCCCUGGAGUGGCUGAAGGAGUGGAUGGAAAACUACAAGCUGGUGAGGGACAUCCCUUGUGCCUCUCCUUCCUCUGUUGCAGGGUUGGAUCUUAGCGAGGUGGUCUUCCCCAAGGUGAACGGCACAUGCGUAGACCCUGUUGAGCUGAACUUAACCACCGCCACCUCAGAGAUUAUCUCAACCACAGAGAACCGCUUCAACAGCCUCAUUUCCAAGCUGCUACAACAGGAGCUCAGGGAGGAGAUGGGGAACAGUACAGAGAGCCUCCGCAAUGGGACCUUGCUAGUGCCAGAGGAUGGCCAGCUCUCUGCAGGGAUCCAAGGGCAACAAGCCCAGGCAAACCAAUCACUUCUCUGGGUCCUUGUAGUGUGGCUCAUCUUUGGUUAGAUUGGCCAGCCAGAUAUUCAUGUCUGUUUUUCUUGCACAUGAGAACUGUGGAAAUGGGGUUUGCCUCCUGGCCCUGAAAGAACAGGGAAUAGUUUUUCAAAUUGCAGAUGAGAUAAAAGAUAUUUAUCUAAGAAAGUACAAAGGAAUUCUCUUCCUUGCAUGUGUGGUCACUGGUGCGAGUCAAACAUGCCAAACAUAGGAUAUGGUUUUGUUUCUUUGCUGAAAUCCAGCUGUGGCAAACUAAAUAUUUCCAGCUGUGUUCAGAAAAAGACUGACAUUUCCAUUGAGGAAUUUAUUUUCACAUGAGCUGUUUAUAUACAAUAAUCUAUGAUAUUGACAUAUGAUAUGAUAAGAGAAAUUCCAGUCUGUCCAUGUCUGAUGCAUAUCUUUUCCUCAUUCAUAAAUUGCUAUGCCAAAGCUGUAUGACUGCAGGAUUCAUUUCUGCAGUCUGAGGCGGGUGUGAUUUCAAACUGUGGAUUAUAGUGGCAAUGUGGUGAAAAUGUGUAUGUGAACCUACACCUUUUCUUGCAUAAUACUCCAUUAUAAUUAACUUUAUGUGAUAUUCAUAGCAUUACAUAGUUGGUUAUGAGUCUUUUAUUGCACAUCAUUCUCAUCUAGAUGCAAAGUUAAAGGAGAUAAGAGCCCAUGUAUUUAUCUUCUAAACAGAUGUCCUCUCUGCUUAGUUCUGUUCAUUCAACUCUAAAUGUAGGUCUGCAGCUUUUCCAUAAAUGCAUUAAUCUUCUUAUUGCAUGCAGCUCAGUGUCAUUGCUGCUUGUCUAUGCUACAAUGUAAUGGAGCGACUUUCUCAUUGCUUUUGCAUCCUAGAAUGGAUCAAUUUCCACUUAUGGACAUGAUCUUUUCCAAUACAGGAGGACUGGUGGUGUGAUUUCCAUAUGGCAGAUUGUGGAUGGGGGAGGAAAUACUGUCAAAGCAUGUUUAUUUUCUUUGGAAUGAAAAAUGUUUUCAGGUAUGUUACAUUUCAAAUAAAUAAACCGUUCUUAAUUUGCAACAUAUUCUGCAUACUGCAAAGUCUAAAAUAUAUUAUAUAUACACAUUGUGCUCUGUGUAGGUGAAAAAAAGGUGAAAAAUAUCCCUGCUCUAAUACCAACCACUGCUUUCUUUUUACCCUAGUGAAUGUAAGUAGUUUGGCUGCCAGUGGUCAGGUUAUUAGACACAACACUGUCUCGUGAUAUAUUUUUAUAAAUAAAAAAUUGCUGUUGAACUUCUGACAUGACUGCUCAGUGAGUUGUUUCAAGUGGAUGUGAUUCAGUGAACACCAGUUAAAGAACCAGGCCAGUAUGCAGAUUAAUGCAGUAUUAGGCUGAGUGUAAGAGGCUGGUUAGAGGCAGAGUCGCUGUCUUCUUCUCUGCUGCUUCUGUGGGACUG